AUGGAGAUACGGGAAGAUGAGUAUUUGAGAUUCUCUCAUCAGAUACCUGCAUUCCAGCUGACAGGUGAAAGAGGUGGUAAGCUAUGUGGAUAUUGGGAGCUUGAUCCUGCAUCGGUGCCAGAGAUUUUUCUGGUCCUCCCUGCAAACGCAACAGGAAUGCCUCCCAGUUUGCUUCAGAAGUUGCAGAAUUCAUGUACUUGUGCUGGAUCCAAUUUGGAUGAUAGCUUAAAUUCUCUAUGCCAUGCUCUAGUUUUGGAGGUUUUCAAUCUGGUGCCAGCUUGGAGAGAGCUAGAUGAGAAGACCAAGGCAAUGCUAGAACUGAUCGAAGGAGACGCUGACUCCUUCGCUCGGUGCGCAGAAUUGUUCUAUAAGAGGAGACCACAACUUGUGGAUAUGGUAGAACAUUUAUAUCGAGCUCACCGUUCAUUAGCUGAGCAGUAUGACCAGCUGAGAUCAGAAUUUGGAAGGCAUCAGAAUGCGACACCAUUGGACUCCCUCACCUCAAGAAGCAGAAGCUGUUCUCCUGAUCUGAAUAGCACAAUGGAUAAGUUGUGUGCAUCUUCCUCAGAAUCUUUUGAUUCUGAUCGGUCCGAAGGCGAUGACCCUGACAAGAUGACAGAGGUGGCAGAUGAAAAGAGCAGUGAUGAUGAGAUGAAGCUGAUGAAUGAAGGAAUAGAGAGGCUCAAACAGGAGAAUAAAAUUCUGAGAGCUGAAAUAAGAGCAAAAGAUGAAGAGAAAAGAGAAGUCCUUAGACAGCUCUCUUUGCCCAUUGGCAUUCUAAGUGAUGAGAAUGCUGGUUUAAGGAAGCACAUCAAGGAGCUAAUAAGAGGAGUUUUCUUGAAUUAAAAAAACUAGGAGGAGAUCUUCCCUGGAA